UUGUGGAGUUGUAGCUCCAACUCUAGGGAACCCAUUUCUUGUGGAGAAAGAGGGUUUUUGCCCAUGUUCUCGGAACCAAGCUCUGAUGAUACCCAAAUAGGAUCAGAAGGGGAAGAGGAAGAAGAAGACAAAAGGAAUAUGAGAGGUGGUCAAAAGUGGAGCCCUAGAGGCUAUUUAAGAAAUAUGAGUAGGCCAAUCGAAUCAGCAGCCCAUAAGGACUAAACAGCCCAACUAUGCUUCUCAGCCCAUCAGAAUUGUUGUAAAUUUGGAAUAUCUGAAGGAACUCUCCUCUGUCUCUCCCCUGUGCCUUCGAAUCACAAAAAGCAUGUCAAAACCACUAGAGAGAUACCAAAAACUUGGCUUGAAAGAGUCUUUACCAAGAAUUCACAGGUACCCGUUAGCCUGUAAAGAGCUGAGCUUAAUUCUCAGAGGCGCUUACAAGAAAAUUCCCAAGAAUCUUCAAUCGCUCAUCUUCCAGGAUACCCUCACCGCCUUUCGUCUCCUCCCUAGAAUGCAGACACGCAAUGCUGUUUUGGCAGCCCAUCUCCUCCUUCAGAGCGUCGAGGCCACGUUGCCAAAGCAAAAGAAGAAUGCAGCUGUUACAGAAUAUAAGAAUGCAAUGGUUGCUCAUAAGAGGCGUACUAAAGCCCGCCAAGAAGAAAACGUUUCAGGUUCAACCCAGCUGCCACAAGAUGUUCUUGUUCACAUAUUCAGUUUCCUCGAUAUGCAAUCUUUAGUCUCUGUUGGACUAGUCUGCUGGUUGUGGAAUAUAACGGCAAGUGAGAACAAUUUGUGGCGGGCACAAUACACUACUUUCUUCGGGAAUUCUGAUAAUGAUGCAAUGAUUAAGGGUCGACAGAUUGGUAGACUGGUUGAAGAUGAAGAAGGGUAUACACUAUUUUGGCGAGAAGCCUUCAAACGAGCAUAUUUAGGUAGUUCUUCAAAGAAAUUGAAAUCCAGUAGGGGAUACUGUAGGGACUGCAACACAAUUGUUUGGCUCGAUAACAUGAAAUGUUCAAAUGAACAUACAGGACUAAAUUCUGAAAAUCAGCAAAUUAAGCCGGUGUUACCCAGUCAGGUGGUUGGGUAUCUCUUGGAUGAUUCUUUAUCAAUGGCAUCUUCUUCAGACAGUGAUAGUGAUUCAGAUGGAGGGCCAUUUUCCAGGUUAUGGGCCUACCAAAGACCCUUGAGCAAAACCCAGUAAAAGCAUUUCAUUCAUGUAUAGAGCUGCUCAAUGAGGAUGGCUAAUAUCUAGCGACCAGCGUUCUCGCUUCUUCAAGAGGCUCUUCCCUCGCUGCUUGAGUCUCGACCAUCCCGGUCCCGGAGCUGGAUUUUUUACUUUGUUUUCAAAAGAAUAUGUUUUUGAAAAAUAAGAAGUAAUAAUAUUAUCGUUCUUGUACCAAAAUAUAUGUAUAUUCAUAAAUUCUUCUUGUUUCAUAAUCUCUGUGUUUCUUUUGCAACACAUUUCACA